AUGAAGAUGCUAACAAAGGUGCGUCUAACAAGUUCGACAGCUGUUUGGCAUUUGUAGCUCACAAACCCGUUUCUCUGCUCACGCCAGUUCGAGAGCAAAUCAAACCGCGUCAAAGGCAUCGCGUUCCAUCCACGCCUUCCCUUGCUGGCUUCAACUUUACACAAUGGUAGCAUUCAGCUGUGGAACUAUCAAACGGGCACCAUCUACGACAGGUUGGAGGAGCAUGAUGGUCCCGUGCGAGGAGUCGACUUCCAUCCCACGCAGCCACUGCUGGUCAGUGGUGGAGACGACUAUCGCAUCAAGGUGUGGAACCACAAGACGAGGAGAUGCGUCUUUACUUUGAACGGCCACCUGGAUUACGUGCGAACGGUCUUCUUCCAUCACACGCAUCCUUGGAUCCUCUCCGCUUCGGAUGAUCAGACCAUUCGUAUCUGGAAUUGGCAGAGCAGAACUUGCAUUGCCAUCUUGACCGGCCACAAUCACUACAUCAUGUGGUGAGUGCUCGAUUGGGCCUCUGACGCGGUGAGGGAGGCUCAGAGAAACAAGAAAUAUGUCUGAUCACUGCCUUGUUCCACAGCGCUCAAUUCCACCCAAAGGAGGACUUGGUGGUGUCCGCUUCGAUGGACCAGACUGUCCGCGUGUGGGAUAUUUCUGGGCUAAGAAAGAAAAACACUUCGGCGCAGCCCAUGAGCAUCGAGGAGCAGAUUGCACGUGCCAAUAGCGGCCAAGCAGAUCUCUUCGGCAACACGGACGCCAUGGUCAAGUACGUGCUCGAAGGGCACGAGAGGGGGGUCAAUUGGGCAGCAUUUCAUCCUACCCUGCCACUCAUCGUCUCAGCCGGAGACGAUCGACAAGUCAAGCUGUGGCGCAUGUCCGAGACGAAGGCUUGGGAGGUGGACACGUGCCGUGGCCAUUUCAACAACGUUUCCUCCGCCAUGUUCCACCCGAGACAUGAGCUCAUCAUUAGUGACGGAGAGGACAAGACGAUCCGCGUAUGGGACAUGGGCAAGCGCACGGCCGUACAAACAUUCCGAAGAGAGCACGACCGCUUCUGGGUACUCACAGCGCACCCCAACCUCAACCUCUUUGCAGCCGGUCACGAUAAUGGUCUCAUCGUCUUCAAAUUGGAGCGCGAGCGACCGGCUUUUGCGCUCCAUCAGAACAGUCUCUAUUACGUCCGAGACAAACAAGUCAGGCAGCUCGACUUCCAGAGCGGGAGCGAUCAGCCCGUGCUCAGCGUCAAGCGCCUGGGCAACCAGUACGUGCAGCCGCGCACGCUCAGCUUCAACCCUGCCGAGCGCUCCGUUCUCGUGACAUCUGUGAGUGCAAACACGAAAGUCUUUCGCACCAGCUCGCAUGCUGAUGACAGCCCUCAUCCCCGGCUUGCAGAGUGAUGGCACCACUGGCACCUUCGAUCUGGCACCCUUACCCCGAGAUGCCUCCAACGACCUGCAAGAGUCGGGCACGAUCGGCAAGCGUGGAUCGGGUGCCGCUGCCAUCUUUGUGGCGCGUAACAGGUUCGCCGUACUCGACAAGACCGCGCAAGCAAUCGAGAUUCGUGAUCUAAGCAACGGGGUAACGAAAACCAUUGCGUGCCCCACGCGCACAAACGAGAUCUUCUUCGGUGGAACAGCCAGCCUACUCCUGAGCACUGCGACGGGUGUCACAUUGUACGACAUUCAACAACAAAAGGUGCUGCGCGAAAUUACAAGCCCUCCAGUCAAGUACGUGGUUUGGAACGGCGAUGGCAGUAUGGUUGCCCUGCUUUCCAAGCACACCGUCACCAUCUCGAACAAGACGCUCACUACAAGUAAUCUCAUUCACGAGACGAUCCGCAUCAAGAGCGCUGCAUGGGACGAUGCCGGCGUGCUGCUGUACAGCACCCUCAAUCACAUCAAAUAUGCGCUCCCUCAAGGUGACAGCGGUAUCAUCAAGACACUCGAGGCGCCGGUGUAUCUGACGCGUGUGAAGGGCAAGCAAGUUUCUGUACUCGACAGGUCCGCCCGGCCCCAGACUAUUGCCAUCGACCCGACAGAGUACCGCUUCAAGCUGGCCCUGGUGCGCGGUGAUUAUGACGACGUGUUGCGCAUCAUUAAAACUAGCAACCUGGUUGGACAGGCGAUCAUCGCAUAUCUGCAACAGAAGGGCUACCCCGAGAUAGCACUACACUUCGUACAGGACAAGAGCACUCGUUUCGAUCUUGCUGUCGAGUGCGGUAAUUUGGAUGUCGCUCUGGAGACCGCAGAGGCGAUCGGUGCCAACGAAGUAUGGGAAAGGCUCGGCGCUGCGGCUCUGAAGCAAGGCAAUCACAAGAUCGUGGAGCGCGCCUAUCAAAAGACAAAGAGCUUUGAGCGACUCUCUUUCCUCUACCUCACCACCGGCAACCGAGAGAAGCUUGCCAAGAUGGCCAUCAUUGCGGAGAAGCGCGGGGAUGCCAUGAGUCGGUUCCACAAUGCCCUCUACAUUGGAGAUGCGGCUCAGCGCGUCGCUGUGCUUCGAGAAGCUGGCAUGGACGCGCUUGCGUACGCGACCGCAAAGAGCAAUGGCCUGGCUGAAGUGGCUGCCGCAAUCGCCGAAGAGGCAGGCAUGACGCCCGGUCUGACCGAGUUGGAAGCCACGGGUAAGCUUGGGGGAGCGGCGGGUGCUGCACCUUUGCGGCCGCCUCCUGUCGUCAGCUCAACCCAUCAGUACAAUUGGCCCAUCAUUGGCCAGAGUGCGAGCUUCUUCGACAAAGCUCUCGUCGCGAACGCCGAAGAUGGCGGCAUGAUCUUCUCAGAUAAUGCAGUCAACGGCGCUGGAAAGCACGACACCAACGACUGGCUGGAUGGAGACGAAUUUGUUGACGCCGAAGAAGACGAGCUCGCGGGGGAUGUGCUGCAACCCAAGGCGGUUGGCGGAUUUGCUGUUGCUGAAGCAGAAGAAGCCUGGGACUUGGACGAUGCUGAGAUCGGAGUUGACGACGCGGACGAACCUCUCGUUGCUCCUCUCUCUGCUACGAUCGGACCUGACGAGGACUCGCUCGAUCCUGGCGUCUCGGAAGCGGAGCACUGGCUGCGCAACUCACCAAUCGCGGCUGACCAUGCUGCCGCCGGCCGUUUCGACACUGCGAUGCAGUUGCUGGCUCGCCAAGCUGGCGUGGUCGACUUUGCGCCUCUGCGCGAGCACUUUCUGCAAUGCCACGCGGCAGCACGAGCGUACCUGCCUGGCGCAGCGAGUCUUCCCAGUAUUGUUCUCUACCUUCGGCGCAACCCAGACGAGACCGAACGCGCCAAGGUCCUGCCUGCACAAACAAGAACAGUGGCCGAUAUCGGUGCUGCAGAGCUACAGGCAGCGUACAAAGCAGUCGCUGGCAACAAGUUGGAGGAGGGAGAAUUGCUUUUUAGGCAGAUUCUUCAUCGCCUCGUCCUGACAGCGGGCAGAAAUGAGAGUGAAGGCCAAGAGGUAAGUUGGAUGUGCAGACUCGCAAUGAUUUUGAUGCUGACCACUGCAACCCACCUCCACGGCAGAUCUUUGACCUCAUCACCGUAUGUCGCGAGUAUCUACUCGGUCUUUCCAUUGAGCUGGAGCGAAGAAAGGUCACUGCGGAAGAACCAGACAAUCUCGUGCGACAAUUGGAACUCGCGGCUCUCUUCACCCAUGCCCAAAUGCAGCCACCGCACCAGCAAUUGGCUCUGAGGACAGCCAUGAUGUCGGCGCAAAAGGCGGGCAACACAAAAAUGGCUAGCGCUUUUGCAAAGCGUCUGCUGGAGUUGCAGCCCUUGCAGCCGAGGGUGGCUCAGACGGUGAGUUGCUGAAUGACGCCACGCGAGAUGGUAGGCAGGUGUAUUGAUUUGCUGCUUGUGCUUCCACAGGCCCAAUCCAUCGUGGCAGCAGCCGAUCGAAGUCCGCGGGAUGCGGUGCCAGUGCCCAACUACGACCCUCAUGAGAGAACCUUUGUUAUCUGCGCCGGAUCGCACACACUCAUUCCUGCAGGGUUGGGUGCCAUCGAAGAUCCGCUCACCGGCGCCAAGUACAAUGCAGAGUUCAAAGGAAGCCGCUGCAGAAUUACGGGCAUCACGGAAGUCGGCAAAAUUGGCAGUGGUCUCAGGACCUUUGUCUAG